CGGUAGACGGUGGCUUGUUGUUGUGACAUUCGGCGGACGAAGGGGUCGACGAGCGUGGCGAGUGUUAAUGUUGUGACAGUCCGAAGUUUUAUGCUAACGCUAGCGAGCUAACCGAGAAGGAAGUUCCUUCACUGCGCCCAUGAUGGAGCCGGGACAUUGGUGCUGUGAGCCACACAUCGACAAUGAUCUCAAUAAAGAUGAAGGUCCAAUAUUUUAAGAGUGGAAAUGAAGUUAUUAACAGAAAUCCUGAAUGGUGUCAUUAAGAGUGUGAGGAAGGAUGGAGAAUGGAAGGUUCUUAUUGUGGACCACAUGAGCAUGAGAAUUUUGUCCUCUUGCUGCAAGAUGUCAGAUAUUUUGGCAGAGGGGGUGACCAUUGUGGAAGACAUCAACAAACGUAGAGAGCCCAUCUCUAGUUUGGAGGCCAUUUAUUUGAUUUCUCCAGUGGAGAAGUCCGUUCGUGCUCUCAUCAGUGACUUCAAAGAUACUACCUUUACUUACAAAGCAGUACACAUCUUCUUUACCGACACUUGUCCAGAUGGUCUCUUUGCUGAGAUCGGGAGAUCCAGAGUUGCCAAGGUUGUGAAGACAUUAAAAGAGAUCAAUGUUGCUUUCCUGCCGUAUGAGUCUCAGGUAUUCUCCCUGGAUGACCCAGCCUCCUUGCACUUUUUCUAUAGUUCUAAGCCCAAUGAAGAAAAAGAUAAAAUGAUGGAAAAUCUGGCCGAGCAGAUUGCCACCCUAUGUGACACACUUAAGGAGUACCCUGCAAUCCGUUACCGCAAAGGAUCAGAGGAGACUGCUAGGCUGGCUGAUGAGGUUCACCAGCGCCUCAUUGCUCACAAAGCUGACAACCCAAGCAUGGGAGAGGGUGCAGAUAAGGCACGAUCACAGCUACUGAUUGUUGACCGUGGGUUUGAUCCCAUCUCACCUAUUCUACAUGAGCUGACCUUCCAGGCAAUGGCCCAUGACUUACUAGAUAUCAAACAGGACAUCUAUACUUAUCAGACAACCGGCAUUGGGGAUUCAAAAGAGCGAGAAGUGUUAUUGGAUGAAGACGAUGACCUCUGGGUACAGCUCAGACAUAUGCACAUCGCAGAUGUCACUAAGAAAGUGACGGAGCUUCUUCGCACCUUUUGUGAGAGCAAGAGAAUGUGCACUGAUAAUGCCAACAUCAAAGAUCUGUCUCAGAUGUUAAAGAAAAUGCCUCAGUAUCAGAAAGAGCUGAGCAUGUACUCCACUCACUUGCACCUAGCUGAAGCUUGUAUGAAGAAAUUCCAGGCCUCUCUUGAUAAGCUCUGUGAAGUGGAACAGGACCUGGCAAUGGGAGCAAAUGCAGAGGGAGAACCACUGAAAGAUGCCAUGAAGAGCAUUGUGCCUGUGCUUCUCAACAAAGAAAUUGAGACAUAUGACAAAAUCCGCAUCAUACUGCUGUACAUAUUCCACAAGAAAAAAGGCAUUGGGGAGGAGAACCUUACAAAGCUCAUCCAGCAUGCUAACAUACAGGCGGACAGCAACAUCAUCACCAAUCUGCAGAACCUGGGCUGUAACAUCAUAGCUGGGGGUCGUAAUGCUGGAAAAACGCUGCCAGAUCGGAAGGAGCGCAAAGAAAGCACAUACCAGCUCUCUCGAUGGACACCCAUCAUUAAAGAUGUCAUGGAGAAUGCCAUAGAUGACAAACUGGACAGAAAGCAAUGGCCAUUCAUCUCUGAUCCUGCUCCCAUCAAUACAACUCAGACAGCAGUCAGCAGUGCACGUUUCGGACACUGGCACAAAAAUAAGUCUCCAACAGAAUAUCGCUCUGGCCCUCGGCUUAUUAUAUUUGUGAUUGGUGGGGUGUCACAGUCGGAGAUGCGUUCCGCCUAUGAAGUCACUCGAGCCACUGAAGGGAAAUGGGAAGUGCUGAUUGGGUCGUCUCACAUCCUGACUCCAACCAGCUUCCUUAAUGACCUGAAGAGUCUGGACCAAGUUCCUAAUCCUGAUUGUUAGACAGUAAGACCCUGAACAGGGUGGGGCACACUGGAACAUAGGGUGUAACGUCUUUUAUAUGCGAUACCUCUGUCACAGAAUCUCUGACAGCUGAUGUGAGAAUGAAGAGAAUUUUUAAAUCUAGCCAUGGAGGGAAACAUUUGUGAUUCAUAAUUUUAUUUUAGAGUGUUAUUUUUAUUGUUUUGUCAUUUGGGAUCUAUAUGCUGCUGUGAUUUACAUUAUAUUAAACUAUUUAAUAAGAUAUUGAUGAUAUUUUGAUUAUUGUACUGUACUGUUCUGAUUCAUUUUCUUAUUUUUGUUACUGUAUUUUUGAUUUGCCUAAUUUUAUAUCCAAAAAUUGCAUAGUUUUCACAAAAGUGGAUCAUCUCACACCAAGAAAUGUAGGUAUAUGGAAGAUGUACAUAGGUCAGUAGACAUUUGCAUUGUAAAUGUAGUGUGUGAAAUCUUUUCCCCCCUCCUCAAGGAAAUUUAAUCUCAGACAAAAUGUCUCAACUGCUGUUUUAUGAUCUUGCACAUUUAUCAUAUAUGCUAAUAUAUUGCUGGGAGCAAGUGUGGUGGGUGUUUGUUUCUUUGUUGUUAAUAAGGAGUAAUUAAAGAAACAUAAGUUACACAUUAAA